GUUGGUAUUAUUGUUUCAGUUGGUGGUCGUGCUGUCGUGUGUUAUCGUGUGUGUGUUGUUUAGUUGCUCGCAAGCCAAUUUGAAUGUGAGAAAACUGAAUUCUGAAUUGAAUUGAUCCAAUUUGAACAUUAAUUGCGGAGAUGGCGAGCGAAACUGCGUCCAAGAUCGUCGCUCCGACCGUCGACCAAAUCAAUUCCGAUAGGAUAACGCAGCUCGCUGAAAAGUACUGGGCCCCGCACACAAAAAACUCUCACAUACCCUACGAGCCAAAUGUCAUCGAAGACCUAUACUUCCAGGAGAUCAGAGGCACCAAUUUUUCAGUGAGGAGGAUAAUGGUGCUGGAGUUCAGUCAGUAUUUGGAGAACUACCUGUGGCCAAACUACAGCCAUAAAGCCACUCAUGCACACAUCAUGUCCAUAGUGAUCAUGCUGAACGAGAAAUUCAGGGAACGUGUGCAAGUCUGGCAGGCAUUCAAAGAAAACAGUCAACACUUUCCGCACUUCUUUGAGCAGGUGCUGAAUUUGAGCGUAGAACGCGACGAAUUGUUGAUCACCAUUAAAGAGCAAACGUCGUUGCUGGUGUUCGUGAAUCGCUGCUUCAACAGCAUGGAGGAGCCGAUUUGCCGAGAUCAGGUGAAACGAUUGGUGUCGUUGUCCAUGUGGGUUUCGCUGCAGAGCGCGCGCCGAGAUUCCGAGUUUCGGAGGUGCCCAAAGUGGGAAAAGUACUGGAAGGCGAUACAAAAAAAGGAUAAACCUGAAAUGAUGGAAAAGCUGAUGUGGGAGAGAACGCUGUUGCAUAAGAUGAUGUGCAAAUUCAUGGAAGUCCUCGACAGUAUACCAGAGGAAGGACCGAUAAUGCAGGAGAAGGUUCUAUACUGCGAGCGAUUUUUAGAAUUCGUCACCGAUCUGGAGGCUCUGCUAUUGACGCGCAGGUUCUUCAACACGGUCCUGGAUGAUUGCCACCUUGUAGUUCGAUGUCAACUCUCAAAUUUGAGUAAGCGACCAGAGGGUCAUCUCUUCAGACAGUUAUUGGAUAUGCUCAAGUUCUACGCCCGCUUCGAAAUCAGCGAUGUAACCGGAGAUCCGCUCACCGAUCACGAUAUGACUGAACUUCAUUACAACAACAUUACAUCGUUGCAGAAAGCGGCAUUCGCGAAAUUCCCUGACCUGAGGAACUUUUCGCUGGCGAACGUGGCCAGCGUCGACUCCAGGGAAUCUCUGCAAAAACACUUUUCAAAUUUGAGCGUUGAUAAGUUGAGAGCGAUCGGCAGUUAUCUGCAUCUGGUGCCGACGACCGAGAACGAGAAGGACGCUCCAUGGUGCAGAACGGACGAGCAAUUUCUCAAGGAGCUUCUGAUUUCCAGGCACGAGAAGCGCAUCUCGCAGCUGGAUUCGCUGAACGAGAUGCCACUGUAUCCGACGGAGGAGAUCAUCUGGAAUGAGAACGUCGUACCGACGGCCUACUUCUCCGGCGAGGGUUGCCUCGCUUUGCCCAAGCUCAAUCUGCAGUUCCUCACGCUGCACGAUUAUCUGCUCAGAAAUUUCAAUCUGUUUCGCCUAGAGUCCACUUAUGAAAUACGUCAAGAUAUCGAAGAUGCCGUCAGCAGGCUGUGUCCUUGGAAGGCCGAGGAUGAAAGCGUAUACUGGGGUGGCUGGGCUCGAAUGGCCCAACCAAUCGUCACCUUUGCCGUUGUCGAGGUGUCCAAACCCAACAUUGGGGAAAAACGUCCGAGCCGAGUUCGAGCCGAUGUAACGGUGAACCUCUCCGUCCGGCCUGAAAUCAAAGCGGAAUGGGAGAAUCUGCGAAAACACGAUGUGUGCUUUCUAAUCACCGUCAUUCCUGUAAACCCGAUCGGCACCAAAUACGAUUACAAGAAUGCGUUCAUACCGCAGGUUGGAUUGCACUGCGUGAGAGGUUGCGAAGUCGAGGGUAUGCUCGAUAGCAAUGGGCGUGUAAUAGAGGAUGGGCCCGAACCGAAACCGGCCAUUCCCGGCGACAAGCGGACUUACAGGGUGUGGCUCGAUUGCAAUCAAUAUAGGGACGACAUGAAUCUGACCAAUCAGGGCGGCGAGGACGUGUACGAAGGUUUCAACAUAUUCAUGCGUCGGAAACCGAAGGAGAACAACUUCAAGGCUGUCCUCGAGACGAUCAGGGAGCUGAUGAACACCGAGUGCGUCGUUCCCGAUUGGCUGCACGACAUCAUCCUUGGAUACGGAGACCCGGGCGCCGCCCAUUACUCCCGCAUGCCCGACACUAUUCCCACCAUGGACUUUAACGACACCUUCAUCGAUGCCGCCCAUCUGCGCUCCUGUUUCCCGAACAGAAAAAUCACGUAUUCCGCAAAAAAUCGAGAGGAAAUGCCGAGACCAUUCAAGAUUACCUUCGAUCGGCGAAAGGAUGACCAGGUGAAGGAGGAGGAGAAGGAGGUGUUGACUGUAGAAUCGCACAAAAUACCUAAGAGAGGACCGUACACAUUCAACGAGCCCAAAAAGAACAGCAUUCCGUUUACGCCGACGCAGGUGGAGGCGAUCAGGGCAGGAAUGCAGCCCGGAUUGACGCUGGUCGUCGGUCCACCGGGUACAGGAAAAACAGAUGUAGCCGUGCAGAUCAUCUCGAACCUCUACCACAACUUCCCCAACCAGAGAACGCUUAUCGUGACCCACUCCAAUCAGGCACUGAAUCAGCUCUUCGAGAAAAUAGCAUCUCUGGACAUCGACGAACGACAUCUGCUACGUCUCGGGCACGGUGAGGAAGCGCUGGAAACGGAAAAGGACUUUAGCCGCUACGGACGUGUCAACUACGUGCUAGCCAAGCGACUCGACCUGUUGUCGGACGUUCAGAGGUUGCAGGAGUCGCUAGAAGUUAAAGGCGAUGUCGCCUACACCUGCGAGACCGCCGGUCAUUUCUACCUGUAUCAGAUCCUGUCUCGAUGGGAGCAGUACCAGAGCGUGGUGCGGCCGAAAGGCGUCGAUCCCGGUGACGUGUCUUUGCAGCGGAUCUCCGAGGAUUUCCCAUUUAGCAAGUUCUUCGAGAACGCUCCGCAACCUCUGUUCAAGGGCGCAUCGGUCGCAGAGGACUUGGACAUCGCGGACAGUUGCUUCCGUUACAUACAGCACAUAUUCAAUGAGCUGGAGGAGUUCCGGGCAUUCGAACUGCUCCGAUCCGGUCUGGAUAGAUCGAAAUAUCUGCUAGUCAAGGAGGCCAAGAUCAUUGCGAUGACGUGUACGCACGCCGCCUUGAAGCGCAAGGAGCUGGUGGACAUGGGCUUCAAGUACGAUAACAUCCUGAUGGAGGAAUCCGCUCAGAUCUUGGAGAUCGAAACAUUCAUUCCGUUGCUGCUGCAGAAUCCGCAGGACGGCUACAACAGGCUGAAGAGGUGGAUCAUGAUUGGUGAUCACCAUCAGUUGCCGCCCGUCAUCAAGAACAUGGCGUUCCAGAAGUACUCGAACAUGGAACAGAGUUUGUUCACACGUCUGGUGAGGCUGGGUGUGCCGACGGUCGAUCUGGACGGACAGGGACGUGCGCGGCCCAGCAUCUGCGACCUCUACAAGUGGCGAUACAAGAACUUGGGCAACCUCGAGCACGUCUACAACAGGGACGAGUACAAAUCGGCGAACGCCGGCCUCCAGUUCGACUUCCAACUCGUCGACGUGCAAGAUUUCAACGGUGUCGGCGAGUCGGAGCCGAGCCCGUACUUCUAUCAGAAUUUGGCGGAAGCAGAGUAUUGCGUGGCACUGUUCAUGUACAUGCGACUCAUCGGGUAUCCGGCUCAGAAGAUCUCCAUCCUGACCACGUACAACGGACAGAAACAUCUGAUCAGGGACGUCAUCAACACCAGGUGCGCGGACAAUCCGCUCAUCGGGAGGCCUCACAAGGUGACGACCGUGGACAAAUAUCAAGGUCAGCAGAACGACUACAUCAUUCUGUCGCUGGUGAGGACGAAGGCGGUCGGUCAUCUGCGCGACGUCAGGCGUCUGGUCGUGGCAAUGUCGCGAGCUCGUCUCGGCCUCUACGUCUUCGCUAGGGUUUCGCUGUUCGAGAACUGCUUCGAGUUGACGCCCGCCUUCCAACAAUUCAUCAAGAGGCCCAACAAGCUGCACCUGGUGCUGAACGAGAUGUACCCGACGGAGAGACAGCACCUGCAACCCCCGCCCACCGAAUCGACGACCGUCAUCGAGGAGAUGACGCAGAUGGCGAAUCUGGUGUACUCGUACUACAUGGGUCGCGUCAAGGCCAUGAAAGACUUUUAUUAUGCUCAGAAGAAGUGGGAUGAACCUGGAGCGUGCGAUGUCAAAGAUCGUGAUCGGAUGAUAUCAAAGCACCCCGGCGAAGACAGGGACACGGACAGCGAGGACGAAGAAGGAGACGAAGGUGAUAAGCGGAAUAAAAUGCAAGUGCCUACACCCAUACAGGAGGAACCGAUAGAAGAUGACGAUCAUAUGCGGAAAAAGAUGCGAGUGUCUACUCCCAUGCAGGAGGAAGCGAUAGAAGACAACGCUGUCCCAAUGGAAACGGAGGAAGCAGGAGAUGAUGCGAAGGAACAGCACCAGCAGCAGCAGCAGCAUCAAGAAGUAGAGGAGAAAGAGGAUGGAACCGAAGGAGGGAAGAUGUGAAAAUGCCGUGGCGUAAAUACAACUUUUUCGUUAUA